CUAAAAGAAAAAAUUCUACCUCACAUAAAUCUACGUCUCUUAAACCUUGAUCCUUAGUCCUAACCCAGAAAGAAAAAUCAGAAUCAAGACAACCUGCAGAUAUGGGAAUUAGAAGUUGGCACCUUGUGUUGUUCUCUAUGUGUCUUUUCUUCAGUUCAGGUCUUAGUAGAGACAUAACAUUCAGAGAAGAAGAGAACCAAGAAAUCUCAUACGACUUUGAUACCAAGUUGGAUGCAGUUCCUAUAGUGAACCCAACAACUCCAGGCACAGCAAAUCCAUAUCCUACUUUAAACCCUACAACUCCUCAAGCACCUAACACAAUAGGACAAACCCCAUCAACCCCCACAACCCCAUACAUGACCCCCACAAACCCCACAAGCCCUACAAGCCCAAAAACAAGCCCAACUACAAACCCAUACGCAAACCCUACAACUCCAACUAGCCCAACUACUACUACACCCACAACACCAACCACACCUACUACAGCAUCAGGAGGUGGUCAAUGGUGUGUUGCAAGCCAAUCAGCUGCUGAGAGCACUCUGAAGGUGGCUCUUGACUAUGCCUGUGGCUAUGGUGCAGACUGUUCAGCAAUUCAACCUGGAGCAAAUUGUUACAACCCAAAUACUCUGAAAGACCAUGCUUCUUAUGCAUUCAAUGACUACUACCAGAAGAAUCCAGCUCCUACAAGCUGUGCAUUUGGAGGAACUGCAACACUUACAAACAAGGAUCCCAGCAAUGGGAACUGCCGCUAUACAUCCUCCAAAACACCAAGCAUGAGUCCUCCAACUUAUGUAAGCCCCCCAACUCCACCGACUCCAACAAGUACCAUGACCCCAACUCCACCAAGUACCAUGAUCCCAGCUACACCAGGUAUUAUGACCCCAUCUGCACCAGGUAUGACAACAAUUCCUGGUGGAGCAUCAGUCUAUGGUUCAGGACCAACAGGAAGCCCCAACAUAGCCACAUCUGCUUUACAUUCUGAACUGCUUCUAUUUACCUUGUUUGGCUUGUGGGCUUCACUUCAUGUAGAAAAUUACAUGUAGAUGAUAAACAAGGGGCACUCAUUCUUUAUGUGAUACGCUAGAAUUCACUGCUGCUUUUGCGAGACCACAAGGAGGCAGAGUCAACAUGGCAUAUUUGUCUUGUGAAUUCUCGCCAUUAAAAUUUGUACCAACUUUCAUAAGUGUAUCCCCCCUUAGUAGAUCAUAAAGCAUGAGAAAAUGAUAGAACCAAAAGAUUUAUAGGUUCUUGUAGACAUGGCAGGUUAUUUACAGUAUUAGCAGAGAUCAAUAAAUUAUUAGAUUGUCUACUUCCAUUUAGAACUUCUCUUCCACAUAUAAUCAAUGGAGCUAUUAAACUAAUAUCAG